AUGUCAGAAGCGCAGCAACACAACUCCAAAAAAGCCAAAUGGCUUCCUCUGGAAUCAAAUCCCGAAAUUAUGAACAAAUAUGUUCAUAACUUAGGUGUUUCUACUGACUGGGCAUAUACUGAUGUCUGGGGGUUAGAUCCAGAGCUUUUGCAAAUGAUCCCACAACCUGUGGUCGCUGUUCUUCUCUUGUUUCCAAUCACGGCAGAACAAGACGCAGCACAAGAAACAACUGACACUCAAAAGGUAUCAAAAGACUUAAUUUUCUAUAAGCAAACGAUACCAAACGCGUGUGGAACUAUAGGAUUAUUGCAUUCAUUGGCAAAUAAUACACACGCGAUUAAUAUCAAAGAUGGGCCACUCAAGCGAUUGAUUGAGAAAACUCGUGAAUUGACACCGGAAGAACGCGCCAAAGUACUUGAGGAAAACGAGGAAUUAGAACAUGCGCAUCGAGAAUUCUCUGAACAUGGUCAGAGUAGAGUUCAGGAGGAUACUGAUUUACACUUUACUGCCUUCGUUCAGAAAGAUGGAUUUUUGUAUGAGUUGGAUGGUAGAAGACCUUAUCCAAUUAAUCAUGGUCCUUCUUCGGAUUUAUUAUCGGAUUCUGCACGAGCUAUUAAGAAAUUUAUAGAUCAGAAUCCAAAUGAAGGUCGAUUCAACGUGAUUGCUUUGGCUCCAAACCAAAAUUAA